AUGGCAGCUCCAUAUCCUGUUCCACCUCCGGACAAGGGCAGUGGAAAGGGUUCAGCUGCAUCUUCGACCAUGACCAUGCCUUCUCCACCACCGACAGCAAUCACAGGACCACCUGGACAAUGGGCACCAACCAUGCAGAUGAUGCCUGUGCCAGCAGUUCCAGCAGGUCCUGGAACCAUAGACGAAGCUGCGGAGGAGAUCAAGAAAGAGAGCAAAGCUCAAGACUUAGUGUCCCAAAAUCUUCAUUGCAGUUUGCCCCAACUUCAUGAUGAACGACGGCCAUCACCCUUUUUGCGCCUUGUUCUCGUGGACAUGGAGAUUUAUGAACCCAAUGAGAUUCUCCCAGGCGCCUUCAGACGUUUUUCCAAAUGGCUCCCAAGAACGAUCAACAGACGCUCUGUCUUCCGGAUGCUCGACUUGGAGUCUCUUUUGGAUAUUCAUGGAGAACGCUGCCGACUUUGGUUCAACAACAAUCUCAUUGCGGAUGACUUCAUCGAACCUUUACAUCUUGAAGACGGUGAUUACAUACGCAUUCUCAUUGGCGACCAUGACUCUGACUUCCAGUGUGAUGACAGCUCGGCUGAGUCCACGGAUUUCAUGGCUGGUUUGCAACUUCCACUGGAGGUCCUUCCAAGGAGCUUUGAGCUUGCCAUGCCUGUGGAUAUGGAUCCACUCCUCAAUGUGCAGGCCCAUUCUUCCCAAAAUGAAAUUGCCCUCUCAUUGGCCACACCUUGCACUUCUGCGGUCUUCUUGCAUUGCUCUGGGCUGACUACCCUUUGCACACAGCAGAGAAAUCGACAGACGAUGAGAUGCGAGAUUUUGGUCGGCAGCAUUAUCCAGGAGCAUGAUCAACCUUUACGAUUGCACAAUGGCCUUGGUUUGAGGGUCCAAUUGCGUACGCGAACAGAGGCUGAAUUGACCAGCUUUGUCACUCAACUUCGAGCUGAGGAUGAUGUGGAUGAUAUCCAACUUUGGACAAACCACUGGCAUAUUCAGACUCCUGAUUCCAAGCAGACCUCUUUGCAUUCACAAGCUCAAGUACUAGAGAGAUGUCUGGCCACAUCGAUGCGCCUCCUUGAGGAGGACGAAACUGGUCCUUCUCUGACACCUCUAGCCAUUCCUGAGAACCAUCCAGAGGAAGCGCCAGUAACUGAUCGAUUUCCUGAUCAUCAAGGAGACAUUCUUGACUCAUGGCGAGCGGCCUCUACCUCCACAUUUGCCACGGACACGAUUGAUGGUGAGAUUCACGUCAAAUUUGUCACAUGGUUCCUGAAUGGAGAUCUUUGGCCACGAUGUGAUGCUUUUAGGACUGUUGCUCUUCCUGCUGAUCCUGAAAGGUGGGACGCCAUUUUUCGGCAAACAUGGCGAGAUCGUGCCGAUCCAGCUACACAGUUUCAGACGGCUCUGGUCUACCCACCGGUCACGCCUGACCAACAUGGAGGCCAUCUGAUCAUCCAUCAAAACCUGGGACCAUCGGUGCAAGGAACUCUGCUUAGUGUCUUUUGGCAUGGACAAGAGAGUGAAUUAGGAAGCCGCUUUGCCCAGGUUGUUCCGCAUUGGCUCUCGUUUCAGAGGUUCCUACAUUUUGCUGACCUUCUUGAUGCGUGUCGACGACGUAUUUUGUUGUGUGUCGGCUUUUCUGGCAGCCAUCCCAUUGAUGAUGAUCGACCACUUUUUCCACGCCAUGGCACUCAUGUUGAAAUUCAUGCCGCUGAAUGGCAGAUCGUUGAUGAGAACAGUCUGAUGCAACAGCCUGGAGCGCCUCAAUUGGCCCCCGCAGGGACACAUGCCGCUCCUCCCCAGGUUGCUGACUGUGAUGCCUCACAACUGAAUGCUGAUGCUCCCAUUUUUUUGCAAUGUGAAGGAUGGUAUGGUACAGUCCCCCUUCAUUCUGGCAGACCCAUACCGGGACGCUCCGGAUAUGGUAUCAUCCUUCGGACUCAGCCCAUUCCACAGCCCAGACCAACCGCGACCACUGUCAAUCACACGAUGAGAAGUCCAAUUCUUCUACAGUUGGCCAGUCUGCUUCAGCGUGAUGACCAUAGCAGUGAUGAGGGAUUCGCACCCCUACAUGAAGAGGCAUCAUCCCCUUCGGUUGCACCUGUCACUGUGGCUCUUCGACUUCGUUCAGGCUGUGAUCAACUCAUAGUACCAGAGUACAUUGAAUGUUCAGCGCCGGGUGCUCCUGCUGAUAUAGAAGCUGAGCUUACGCACUGGGGCAUUGACUGCAAAGCCCUUCGUUUUGGACAUCGCCAUGAAGCCUUGUGCUUUCCUGCGCAAUGGACUGCUCAGGUGAAUCAGUUCCAUUACAUGUUCUGUCAUGAGGACGUCAAGGACAAUGAGGGCAUUUUCUUGCACACGUCGAACAUGCCUCUUGAUGAACUUGGCCUCAUGCAGCUUCUCUACCAGCUUGGAUAUUGUAGAGCAGCCAUCCUGGACAAGGAGGAAUUAUUGCCUCGGGUUUUUCGUGUUCUCUUCUUGGAUGUUGUCCAGCAGCCUUUGACAGAACAAGGUCGAAUCAAGAAACCUCUGCCAUGGCCGGCAUUAUCCCACCAUGGACGACACAAUCGACCGUUCUUUGAUCCGAGCCGACAUCCAGACGAGGAUAAGAACUUCCUCAUCAAGCUUGGCAUCACCAUGCAGGACAUUGACGACUUUUUCAAGUCUGGGGAUGAUCUAUUAUGCCGAGAUCCGACUGGUCUGGAUUUGCCUGAAACCACAAAACAGGCUAUGUUGAUCAGCGACACUACAGACCUUGCUCGGUUUGAUCGCCUCAUCAUCUACACGGAUGGAUCCUCAAUCCCUCUCCACAGACAUCGUCCUGCAGCUUGGAACGAGGAAAAUGGGAAUGGAGACACCUGGGCUUAUGUGGUAUUGGGCGAAAGAUCUGUGAACCAGCAUCCAGCCGUGGAAGUCAUUGGGUGGCUCACGCAUCCUGUGCGUUACGACCCCCAUUGCCCAUCCUUUCUUGGCUCCACCUAUGUCGGAUCUCUUGGAGCUGAACGUGAAGCCAUGACCUGGGCCGCCCUUUGGCGGUUGGCGCACAAUGUGGACACGCCCACACUGUUUCGGACGGAUUCAUGGACCACGGCAAUGCAAGCCCAAGGCCACAUCGGCACUGCAGAUGUAGAUGCCUCUUUCACGAGCCUACGAAGUUGUUUCCAAGCACUUGAAGCUGCUCUACCAGAUCGACUACAAGUUGAGCACACACCUGGACACUGUGGGGAUCCAUACAAUGACUUUGCUGACUGGCUUGCCAGAGAAGAACGACGUCGCAGCUUUUAUAGCAAACGACAGGCGAUCUCUCUGGAUUUAUGGCGCCCCUUUUUGCCCUACAUGUGGAUGCUCUUCAGUCAAACUGAUGGACUUCCAUCAUGGAGCUCUCAAGGCUUCCAUGUUCCUCCUCCUCAGCUACCUUCUCCACUUGCCACACCUACAUGCGAGGGGAACGAACUCACCUCUGACCGGGCUGCCAAGAUUGACAUCAGCCUGGCCAGCGCGAACAUUGGUUCAAUGUACAACGGAGAAUGGGGACAUGCCGGCAAACUUGAUUAUUUGCGCACUCAAUUCAAGCUGCUUUGUCUCAACUUUUUAGGCCUGCAGGAAACUCGCACUCCAGAGCUUUUCUCCAGAACAGACAAGAUCCUUCGCUUUGCCAGUGGAGCACUUCAUGGACAGCACGGCAUUGAACUAUGGGUCAACCUGGAGCAAGCCUAUGCAGUGAAUGAUGACGGGCCCAUUUUCUUCGCACCACAUCACUUCGUUGUUGUGCACAAGGACCAUCGCAGCAUGCUCAUCCAUGUGGUCACGGAGUGGGUCGACUUCUGGAUUCUUGUUGCACAUGCACCUCAGAGCGGCGUAGCUCUUUCAGAACGUCAAAUCUGGUGGGAUCAUCUGCUACAGAUCACUGCGGCUUGCCCACAGACUGCUCGACUUUUCGCCCUUUUGGAUGCAAAUGCAGGACCAGGGUCCGCUGACCAUAUUUCAGUAUUUCGCACCAUCGGUGGUCAUACUUCAAGUACUCCACUGCUGAGAACAUUCCUGCAGGAACGGAACCUUUGCUUACCCUGCACUGCAUCUUGCCAUGAAGGGACAAACACCACAUGGACCACUCCUGAUGGACUUUCUGAACACAUGAUUGACUACAUUGCGAUCCCUCAAACCUGUUUGAGUGAGUGUUCUAUCAGUAGAGUCCUCGACGAAUUCGAUCUUGGCAACAGUCACCAUGAUCACUCCGCCGUUGCCCUCCAACUUCACUGGCAAGAACUACGCCAAUCGCACAGUGCGCAGAGCUCCAAGCCCAGGAUUGACUUCACCCUGGUGCAGCAUGAACAUGUGGAACAAGCUCUGGGUGAUUAUGUCGUGCCUGCGUGGACGGAGAACAUUGAGGAUCAAGUUUCCCAAUUCAAUGGUCAUCUUCUUGCUCGGCUCCAGAAUCUGUGCCCCCAUGCCAAGCACAGACCAAAGAAACCCUGCAUUGAUGAAGCCACAUGGAAUCUCCGCACUCAGAAGCUCAUCGCCAGACGAGGGCUACGACAGCUAGCGCGACAUCAUCGACUAGAGCUGCUACGAGCAUGCUUUCAAUCCUGGACCUCACGGCCGGGCUAUGACAAGGCUCGUUUCUGGCACUAUGGUCGCUGGCUACAAUGCGCGAAUGUCAAACUUUUGGCAAGGCAUUAUAAGUCGGCAGCACAGCUCAAGGCAAAGCUCCGUGCAAGGAAGACAGCCUAUCUCAAGCAUGCCUUUGAAAACCUGCCUACUGAUGCACCUGCCUCUUCGAUUCUACAUGAACUCAAGAAGGUUGUGGGCUCGACCAAUCUGAAGGCCAUCAAGCAGCAGACCCUCCCGUUGAUCAAGGAUUCCACCGGACAACCGUGCACAUCUCCGUCCCAUGCUUUGGACACAUGGAUUCAUUUUUUCCAACAUAUGGAGGGAGGCAGAAGAGUUGACAAACAGGAACAACAUCAACUUUGGGUCCAGAAUCUUCAGAAGUUUCAGGCGACCUUUCUUGACCUGAAAAUCACAGAGGUUCCAUCCUUGGUUGAGCUAGAAGCUGCGUUUAGGCAUGUCAAGCCCCAGAAGGCCACGGGCCCUGACUUGAUUGAUGCCAAAAUUUGUGCGAGUUCGCCGGCCAUUGUAGCACGCAAGACCUACAGCCAGUUACUCAAGCUCUACACCCAUGGACAGGAAAGUCUUUUGCACAAAGGGGGGAGACUUCAACCCAUUUGGAAGCAGAAAGGCCCUAGAGACGCCUGUUCUGCAUAUCGCAGUGUGCUCAUUUCAUCACAUGUGGGCAAAUCUUUGCAUCGAUGCUUGCGUUUGCACUCUGCUGAUGUCUUUGAGCACUACCUACAGCUGCAGCAGACAGGAGGCAUGAGAGGGAUUUCUGUCACUCUUGGUGUCCAUCAAGCAAGGGCGUAUCUGAGAACACGUCUCCGACAGCACCAGUGUGUCGGCCUCUUGUUCUUAGACUUGACGGAAGCAUUCUACCGCAUAGUUCGUCAACUUGCUCUUGGUGGCCUUCCGGAUGAUGAAGCAAUUGCGGCAGUUGGCAACCGUCUUCAGCUUGGGCCUGAUCUUCUUCAUGCUCUACAUCAACAUCUGGAUGAUCGCCCUGCGGUCGUGCGGGCUGGCCUUUCACCGCAACUUCAGAAAGUCCUCCAAGCGUUGCACACGGACACACACUUUUAUGUGGGCGUCCAACAGGAUGCAUGCAGGACUACCCUUGGAACGAGACCGGGUGAUUGCUUUGCUGACAUUGUUUUCUCCUUUCUCUGGGCCCGUUUGCUACAUCGCUUGGAGCAGAUCAUGCAGGAGUCCAACAUCCUGGACAGUUUUCCGGAUGAGAAAGGUUUGAGACCACCAGGAGGUGAAGCAGCAGCCAGUGGCACUAAGCCUUUCAUGGGGCCAACCUGGAUGGAUGACACCUGCGUUGCUUUCUCACAGGAGUCUCCUUCAUCCUUGGAGAGAACUGCUGGACGGGAGAUCUUCGCCGCGAAGUCCGUAGACGUCUCGGCAUUGCUCAUGCAGCUUUUAAUCGCCACAGACGAUUAUUAUUUCAAAAUCGAUGUCUGGACCUCACCCGAAGGAGUGAUGCCACCAUCCUGGCUGAAACAGGCCUUCCUGAUCCGGCAGUUCUCUUGCGGAUCUGCCGACUCCGUCAUCUUGGCCAGCUCUACAGAACAGGCGACAGUGGCUACCUGUCGCCAGACCUUGCAGGCCAGUCGACUUCGCUGGCAGCCGGCGACUUUGACCAGAUUUUUGGACAUUUUCACGGAUGAAGAUGCUGCGGUCCUUCAUGUUGCGGGAGACUCACUACGAGGACUCUUUCGGACGCUGAUGGAUUCUACCGCUUGGUCCUUCCUGACCGCUGAAGGCCGUGACAAGAAUUCACCCUGGCACCAAGAGAUCGCGAUCCAAGAACAAUGCUGCCUCCGUGAGAUUGAGGAGCAACGCAACCGAGUUAGCAUUGGGAACAUUCUCAUGGGCUUUCAGCUUGUGGCUACGGCAGCGCUGGCAUGCACAGGAUUCCUCAAGGCGAUAGGUGAUCUCCCGGAAGACCCUGCCCAGCAGGUCUCCCUGCGAAACCGUGACAUCUUUGGGCCUCUGGUCUGCACCAGCUAUGGCCAUGCCUAUGGACCAGAUUUCGCAGGCUUCAGUCAGCUGGAAGAGCUCGAUGUCCAUUGGAAUCACUUCGGAGGCGAGGCAUCAGCGCUGUUGCAAGGCAUCAUCGAAUGUCACCACGGAGGGUUGCUGGGCUUCAGCGGGCUACGAUCCUUGAAUCUCUCGUGGAACCCCUUGGGCAAGUUCUGUGCCGAGGACUUGCCCUCGUUGUUGGGUGGGCGUUGCUUCAGGCAUUUAGAUCUGAGCCGCUGUGAUUUGACAAUGGCCCACUGCAAGAUUUUGGCGGAAGGCCUCGAGGAUAAUAGGACCAUCGUGGGCCUUCAUGCAGCUUGGCUAACCUUAGGUGCCACGCAAAAACAACUCUCCACCUGGAGAGGACCUCCGAAGAAGCGUCCAAAGCCACGUGACAAGCGACAGGAGCUUCAGAGAUGCCCCCAGAAGGGUGGAAUCGUGACGCGCGUCUACACCAUGUCUCCCAAGAAGCCCAACUCAGCCAUUCGUAAGGUGUGUCGCUUGAAGUUGUCGACUGGCACCGAGACCAUCGCAUACAUUCCCGGAGAAGGGCACAGCUUGCAGGAGUUCGCCUCGGUCCUCAUGCGUGGUGGGCGUCGUCGAGAUUUGGUCGGUAUGAGGUACAACUUGGUCCGCGGCGCUCGCGAUCUUCAAGGAGUGGUGGGCCGACGUCAGUCGCGCAGCAAGUACGGCACCGAGAAGCCCUCGGGAGAUGAGCCUGCAGCACCGGCCAAGGGAGGAAAGAAACGCUGA